AGUGAUCGGUUGAGGUCCCCCGACUCUCCCAGCGGGAGCCACAUUCGACGGCUGGGUGAUCGGAGGCGUUCUGGGCCUCUGUACCUCAUCCGUCGGGCCGAGGUGGAGAGCCAUGAAGCGGAGAAGAGACGACGACUUCAGCAGCCCCCAGAAGAAGCAGAAGAAAAGGGUAGCAGAGCUCGGCCUGACCCUCAGUUCCACGUCCGACGACGAACCGCCUCCCCCGGGCAAUCACGCCACGCGAGAGUCUUCCACAAGCACCAGUGGCUCCGAAAGCGAGAGUGAAGAGAAAAGGCCCGUCUUCGGCUCCUUCGGCCAUGAUUUCCAAGUGGACUCCCUCACCCAGGGCACUUCUUCCCGCUACUCCAUGUACAACAGCGUCUCCCAGAAGCUCAUGGCCAAGAUGGGCUUCCGGGAAGGACAGGGUCUGGGGAAGUACAGCCAGGGGCGGAAGGACAUCGUGGAGACCUCUAAUCAGAAGGGCCGGAGAGGCCUGGGGCUGACGCUGAAGGGCUUCGACCAGGAGCUGAACGUGGACUGGCGAGACGAACCAGAGCCCAGUGCCAGCGAGCAAGUGUCCUGGUUCCCCGAAUGCACCACCGAGAUUCCCGACACCCAGGAGAUGACCGAGUGGAUGACCGUGGGAAAGAGGAAGAUGAUUAUUGAAGACGAAACUGAGUUUUGCGGGGAGGACCUUCUGCACAGUAUGCUGCAGUGUAAGAGCGUGUUCGACGUCCUGGACAAGGAGGAGAUGAGACGGGCCCGCACCAGGGCCAACCCCUACGAGAUGAUCCACGGCGUCUUCUUCCUGAACAGGGCGGCGAUGAAGAUGGCCAACAUCGAUUUCGUGUUCGAUCGCAUGUUUACGAACCCCAGAGACUCUCAUGGGAAGCCCCUGAUCAAGGACCGGGACGCGGAGCUGCUGUACUUCGCCGACGUGUGCGCCGGGCCCGGCGGCUUCUCGGAGUACGUGCUCUGGAGGAAGAAGUGGCACGCCAAGGGCUUUGGGAUGACCCUCAAGGGCCCCAACGACUUCAAGCUGGAGGACUUCUACUCGGCUUCCAGCGAGCUCUUCGAGCCCUACUACGGAGAAGGGGGCAUUGAAGGAGACGGCGAUAUCACCCGCCCGGAGAACAUCACGGCUUUUCGGAAUUUCGUCCUGGAUAACACGGACCGCAAAGGCGUGCACUUCCUCAUGGCGGAUGGGGGCUUCUCUGUGAAGGGCCAGCACAACCUGCAGGAGAUCCUGAGCAAGCAGUUGCUGCUCUGCCAGUUCCUCACCGGACUGUCCCUCGUCCGCACAGGAGGCCACUUUAUCUGUAAAUCCUUUGACCUGUUCACUCCAUUCAGCGUGGGACUGCUCUACUUGUUGUAUUGCUGUUUUGAACGCGUGUCUCUCUUCAAGCCCGUGACCAGCCGCCCUGCCAACUCCGAGAGGUACGUGGUGUGCAAGAGCCUCAAGUCCGGGAUCGACGACGUGCGGGAGUACCUCUUCAUGGUCAACAUCAAACUCAAUCAGCUGCGCGGCACCGACCUCGACGUGAACCUCGUCGUCCCCUUGGAGGUCAUCAAGGGAGACCACGAGUUCACCGACUACAUGAUCCGCUCCAACGAGAGUCACUGCAGCGUUCAGAUCAAAGCCUUGGCCAAGAUCCACGCCUUCGUCCAAGACACAACCCUCAGCGAGCCCCGCCAGGCGGAGAUCCGCAAAGAGUGCCUGCAGCUCUGGGGGAUUCCAGACCAGGCCCGGGUGGCCCCCUCUCCUUCGGAUCCCAAGUCCAAGUUCUUUGAACUGAUCCAGGGGGCCGACAUGGAUAUCUUCAGCUACAAGCCCACCCCGCUCAACCCGAAGACCCUCGAGAAGAUCCGCCCGGUGCUGGAUUACCGCUGCAUGGUGUCGGGGAGCGAGGCCAAGUUCCUCAUCGGCCUCGGGAAGUCGCAGAUCUACACGUGGGGCGGCCGCCAGUCCGACCGCUGGACCAAGCUGGACCUGAAGACGGAGCUGCCGCGGGACACCCUGCUCUCUGUGGAGAUUGUCCACGAGCUGAAGGGAGAGGGCAAGGCCCAGAGGAAAAUCAGCGCCAUUCACAUCCUCGACGUGCUGGUCCUCAACGGCAACGAUGUCCGCGAGCAGCACUUUAACCAGCGGAUCCACCUGGCCGAGAAGUUCGUUAAAGCCGUUUCCAAGCCCAGCCGGCCUGACAUGAACCCCAUCAGAGUGAAAGAGGUGUACAGGCUGGAGGAAAUGGAGAAGAUCUUUCUGAGGCUGGAAAUGAAGAUUAUAAAGGGCUCGUACAACAUGCCCCGGCUGUCCUACACGGGACGGGACGAUAGGCACUUCGUGCCAACUGGAUUGUACAUCGUCAGGACCGUCAACGACCCUUGGACCAUGGGAUUCAGCAGAACCUCCAAGCGGAAGUUCUUCUUCAACAAGUCGGCGAAAGUCUCCACCUACGAUCUUCCCCUGGACUCCAUCGCACCUUUUCACAUCUGCUACUUCCGGCGCCUCUUCUGGGAAUGGCGAGAGGGCGUGCGGGUCCACGACUCCCAGAAGAGGCAGGACCCCGAGACGCUGUCCAAGGAAGACGUGCUGUCCUUCAUCCAGGCGCACGCCCCCUGAGCGGCCACCCGCCCUGGAAGCCCCGUCCACACGCCCGGGGGGCCGCGGGGACCUAGGCGGGCGAGCGCCCCCACCGCCUUCCCAGUCUCCCCCCUCCCUCCCCACGCGCACCCCCCGCCUCGGGAGCAGCGGGAAGGAGCCCGCGCGGGAGCGGAAGCCGGUCGUCUCCCCCGGGACCGGAGCUCCUGGACGUCAGAGACUGGGGGUUUGGCCGCUCCCCUCUCCCCCGCCCUCGGAGACCCGGGGGCGGCACCGCACUUCGGGGGUGUCGCCCCUCUCCGGGAGAGGGGGCUAGGGGCCCCGGGCCUCGGCCGCCGGAGGAGCCGGGGGACCCCCCCCCCCCCACCGCCCCGCCGACGGGUCCUCCGGUGUGGAGAUGGAGCCCGGGCCCCCGAGGGCGAGAGGGCCGAACCCCGGCCCGCCCCGGCCCGCCCUAGUUCCGUAGACCAAUUCGGGGAAGGAGCCGACCCGGCGGCCGGGACUGCUUGCCGGAGGGUAAGGUCACCAUCCCGGGAGGACUGUGGCCGCCUGAGGAGGGGGAAGGGCAGAUCGGUCGCCCCGUCCUCCCCGACUCUCGGCCCCCCACC